AUGCUUGACUGCAACCUUAGUGAGAAGGUAUCCCCGCCUCUCAAAUUUGCUAACUUCAAUGCUCUCCAAGUAAUUGAGGAUAACCCCUAUAUUGUGAAAUUAAGAGAGGUUUUCCCUCACGGAACCGGUUUCGUUUUGGUUUUCGACUAUAUGCUUUCUGAUCUAAGUGAAAUAAUAAGAAAUUCCGAAAAUCCAUUAAAUGAAGCACAAGUCAAAAGCUACAUGUUAAUGUUGCUUAAAGGUGUUGGCUUUAUGCACGAAAAUAGCAUAAUGCACAGGGAUCUAAAACCGGCGAAUUUAUUAAUCAGUUCUGAAGGCGUUUUAAAAAUAGCUGAUUUUGGUUUGGCUAGAGUAUUUCAGAAGGAUAAGGAGCGUCUAUAUAGCCACCAAGUAGCGACAAGGUAA